AUGCCAAUUGAUAAAUUAUCGUUUCGUCCACCUUUAUCUUGGGUUGUUGAGGAUAUAUCAAACGUUUAUAAAGAUCAUACUAGACAUUUUAAAUCAUACUCAUUAAAGGACUUUUUUGAGUUAAAAAGAAAUGCAGACGUUAUAAUUAUAGCAGGCGAAGAACCCAAUCAAAAAGAAUUUUUAGCACAUUCCAAUAUAUUGAGAAAAGCAUCUUCAUAUUUUGAAGUAGCGUUAUCUGAAACAUGGGCUAAAAGAGAAAAUAACAAAUAUAUUAUUAAGAAAGAUAAUAUUUCACCAGAUGUAUUAUCAUUUAUACUUGAAAAAAUAUUAGAAAUAUUAAAUGCAUCGGAUGAAUUAUUAAUAUUAUCAGAUAUGAUUGAUAUUUUAAAGGAACAAAUAUUUACACUGGUAUGGAUCGAAGAUAAUUUUGAUAUAGCAUUAUUGAUUUUAUCAUUUGGAUGGUUUGAAAACACUUUUCUACAUUGUUAUUGCUUGAAUGAAAUAACUUUUUAUCCUGAAUUAUUUUUUGAAUCAAAUUUAUUAAGUUUCGUUAGAUAUAAAGAAAUUACACUCAAACAAUACAAAAAAUAUAUUCUACCAUAUAAAGACAUUUUGCCAGAAGAAAUCAAGUUAUAUUUUGAUAAUUAUAAUGACAUUUACUAUUAUUAUCUAAUAAAAGUUAGAAAUCCUUUGAUUGAUAGAGACAAUUUCAAUUCAAAUCUAAUCAAUAUAGAACAAGCAUUUUAUUUACAAAAAGACAUUUUCAAUAUAGAUAACAAUUUAAACACUUUUCUAAAUGAUAAUAAUAGAGCCAUAAUAGAGUUCAAAUUAUUAUUACGUGGCAGUACAAAUGGAUUUGCAUCAAAAAAUUUUCACAAAUUAUGUGAUAAAAAAAAACAAAUCAUUGUAGUAAUAAAAAUCAAAGAAAAUAAGCAAAUUAUUGGCGGAUAUAAUUCAGUUGGAAAAACCAGAAUACAAAAUAUCAACAUUUAA